AUGAUAGUCUUCAAGGAGAUUUCAAAUUAUAAAAAAUUGCAAAAAUCAAAGACCAAGGAAUAAUUUACUAAUAUUCUAGUGAACUCUACAGCUCACAAUAUAUCUACACCUAUUAACAGCAUUAAGGGCUUUACAGAGCUACUAGAGCUAGACCAGUCUGUCAUGCAUUCCUUAUCUUCCAAAGAGCAUAUUAGAUUAAUUAAGCUAUGCUUGAAAAUUCUCAUCUUUAACACCAAGAACUUAAUGGAGCAUUCAGUGAUAAGACUUAAGCAAUUUAAAAGAAAUCAGAAUACCAUCAACCUCAGUACUGCUUUUAAGGACAUUUUAGAGAUAUUCAAAAUAUAGUCAGAAUAAAAAGGCCUACUAUUUUUGAAAUUCUUUGAUACCACUGUAAAGGAUAGACUAGUUAGAAUAGAUUAGUCGAGACUUGAAUUAGUAUUGUUCAAUCUAUUGUAAAAUGCGAUAUAAUAUACAUUUAAGGGUUCGAUCAAGAUAAAAAUGAAGAUUCUAAAUAAGGAUGUUUUGAUCACUAAAUUCGACAACAUAUUCUACAGUUCUUCAUCAUAUAUCAGAACAGAUUUUUAGGAUAAAAAGGAAUAGGGAAUCCAAAAUGAAGAAGACCUUAAGUAAUUGAAUGCAAAUAUUAUAAGAACAGAGGUACUUGAUUCUUUCUCUACUGACCAAUAAUUCUUGAGUAUAAGCAUCACUGACUCAGGUAAAGGAAUGAGUAUUAAUGAAAUAAAUUAGGUGUUUAGCUUGUUCUCCCUAGGCAAAAUAUCACAAGAUCAAAUUAACUAAUAAGGAAUGGGACUAGGGCUUACUGUCUCUCAAAUGAUUUGUGAGUAGUAUGGCGGAAAAAUCUUUAUUGAGAAGACAGAAAUAGAAUAAGGAACAAAGAUAUCAUUGAUAAUACCGAUAGAGUUAGUUGAAGCUGAUGAUAUCCAUGCCUUAAUUACAAGCAGAACAUAAUUUUUCGAUUCAAAAACUCAAGAGACAUCUAACUUUGAUCAUCCUAGUGUUACAGAUAGAUUAGGCUAAAGAUUCAAAAGAGAAUAUAUAGGCAACUAUGAACCUAUGAAGACUUUAGUCUUUGAUUAAUUACCCAAUCCUUCUCGCUCAGCAUCUCUUAUUCUUCACUAAAAUCAAAUAGAGUGCAGGAGAUAGAAUAACUAAAAGAUUCUUAUAGUGGAUGACACUCCAUUUAAUGUCUAGGUCUUAGAAAUGAUUUUAAAAUAGAUAUUUGACAUCAAAUGUGAUGUAGCAUAUAGUGGAAAUGAAGCCAUUGAAAUUGUAAUGAAAAGAUUAAAUGUUGAUGCUUAAGAUUAAUAUCAGCUGAUUAUAAUGGAUAUCAACAUGCCAGGACUCGAUGGAGUUGAAACAACAAGAAAAAUUAAAGAUAUUCUUAAGAAUAAUCAAAUUUCAAAGAUUUAUGCUCAUACUGCCAUUAAUCUUGAAUAAUUUGGCUCCUAUGCUGAAAAAGGAUUUGAUGGAUUUAUUGCUAAACCAAUUGAAGUUAACUAUCUCUCAUAAGUUUUAAGCUAGAUCAAAUUGAUAUGA